AUGACGAGCCACGAGCAGUACAUGCUGCGUGUGACAGCAGGACCGACAUACGAUGUGUCCAAGCAUGAGGCUGUGCCUGUGAAUCGCGAGAAGCCAGUGAGCAUAUUGUCGGACCAUAUUGACGCGAAAGUGCAUAUGCGCAUCAAGGACUAUCGCGGACUACCGGAAGGCUCGCCGUCAACAUCACCAUACUUUUCCACGCCCCAACACCCAUACGAUCGGUACUCGAUAUCGUUUUCCUUUACCCCGAAGCAGGACAUUGCGGGCGACAAGCUUGUGUUUGGAAACGACUUUGACCAUCCGAUUCGUGACCGGUUGCCGCCGCUGUUUGACAAGGCGUUUGGUAUCGUCAAGUGGUGGAUUGAUCCUGGGCUAGAUGGCGAUGUGUACGCAGACGAGCCGUACCUGUACGGGGCGCUGCUUUCGUCCAUCAACGUCUUUCGCAUUGGCAGUAAGAAGGACGAACAUUCUGAAGACAAGGGUGCAGAAGGAGAGGCACAGACCGAGGAUGAUGUAGAAAAGAGCGGUUCAGAAGGCGAAGUGGUUGUAUACGAAGAGGGCGCUGAUGGCGACGGUGCUGCGAUUAGGAAAGAAAAGAGUAUACCCGACAAGGCGGGCGCCCGGCAAAAGUUUUUCCUCAGUGAGCAAAACCGCAAGGACUUUACCUUUGAGGCAGGCAGAGAGUACCAGUGCGAUUUUUUCAACCCGUAUCUGGACUUCAACGAGUUUGCGCUAAAGAUCGGUUACGGAUUGCCAAACAUUUCCAUGAUCAGACAUUGGGACGGACAACCGUUGCGGUAUGUGCUCAAGAACCGCGAGACCAACCAAGAGCUCUUUGUUGUAGUCAUUGAGCUGCUGCCCACGGAGCAGGCCAAGAAAGAGGGUGUCGAGGACGCGGAGGAAAAGUUUGCAGAGGCCCAUGGUAAAGAGGGGGAGAAGGAGGCAGAGAAAGACAGCAAAGACGAUGAUGUGGACUAG